UUAUGGCCUUCUGUGGCCUAGAUCGGUGAUAUUGUGGAAUGCAAAUGUUAAAAGUGUGGAAAAAUGGCAAAGAGAAUUGCAGAGAAGGAACUGACUGACAGAAACUGGGAUCAGGAGGAUGAAGCUGAGGAGGUGGGAACAUUCUCAGUAGCUAGCGAAGAAGUUCUGAAGAACAGAGCUAUUAAAAAAGCAAAACGCCGAAAUGUUGGAUCAGAGUCUGAAAGUGGAGGAGCUUUUAAAGGGUUUAAAGGCUUUAUAUUGCCUUCUGGAAAAGGAGGAGGUGGCUUCAGCGGAUUUGGUAAUGGUGCAGGAAUAAAGCCUUUAGAAGUGCUGUCUAAUGGAAGCAGUAGUGUCUCUAGCACUCCUUCUUUCAGCAGUUUAAAGACCACCUCCGAAACACAAUCGGCGUUUGGAUCAACAAUGUCAAAUGGUCCUACUACUACUGCGUUUACUGAGAAAAAGGCUGCAAGCCCAAAAGCUAAUGGUGGCAGUCAACCAUCUUCAUCUGGCUACGCUCAGAGUAAAGUUUGUAGCUCUAGUGUUUACCACAAACAGUUAGCAGCUUUAAACUGUUCUGUGCGUGACUGGAUAGUUAAGCAUGUAAACACAAACCCAUUAUGUGACCUGACACCCAUCUUUAGAGACUAUGAGAAGUAUUUAGCAAAUAUUGAACAGCAACAUGGAAGCAGUAGCGACAGUGGCUCUGAAAACGAAAGCAACAAGACACCUGGCUCUCAGCCUGUUUCUACAUUUGGGAAUUCAAAGGUACAGCAAGGAUCAACUUUUUUGUUCAACAACAACAAAACUGAGGAUCCCUCGGACAAAAAACCUGAAGCUGCAUCCGAAAAAAAAGACCCAUUGUUAGGAGCUACAUCAACCGUCUCAUUUAAUUUUGGCAAGAGUGUCGACAGUUCUGUUUUGGGUUCCCUCAGUUCAGGAACACUUAGCAGUUUCUCAUUUUCUCCUGGGAAUUCAGGUUUGUUUGGAAAAGACGCAAACCAGGCUAAGUCUGUCACUGCAGUAUCCACUAAUGUACUGGAACCUCAGACAGAAAGUGGCAAUAGCGAUGAUAAAGGAGGAGAAGAGGAGGAAGAAGAGCCACCAAAAGUCAUUGUUAAUGAAAUAAAAGAGGAUGAUGCUUUCUACUCAAAGAAGUGCAAACUGUUCUACAAAAAGGAUAAUGAAUUUAAAGAAAAAGGUGUAGGAACAUUACACUUAAAACCAGCAGGAAAUGAAAAAACUCAACUCCUGGUUCGAGCGGAUACCAACUUAGGAAACAUACUAUUGAAUGUUCUAAUUCCACCUAAGAUGCCAUGUACAAGAACCGGAAAAAACAACGUUCUUAUAGUUUGUGUUCCUAACCCACCGAUUGAUGAGAAGAACCCAGCUGUUCCUGUCACUAUGUUAAUAAGGGUGAAAACAAGCGAGGAUGCAGAUGAAUUGCACAAAAUCUUACUGGAGAAAAAGGAGGCUUAAAUAAGUUGCAGUCAGUGAUUGGAGGAAUUAUUGCCAAACUGCUGCUGCUCUUUUUUUCUUCCAUAACUUCACUUGAACACUUAAAUCUUUACUCUGGUAUUAAGAACUGUUAUAGGAAUUCUGGAAAAAUUCUGUGAGGAAAAGCUAAACUAGCUAAUAAAAGCUUUAAUAGAACACAAGCGUUGGACUGUGCUCCCUCAUUUUUCAACAUCUAAAUGCAGGACCUCUUCUGGAUAAAGCAUAUUGAUUUACGUUAAAGCAUGUGUUUUUAACACCAGUCGAUUUGACCGCAUGGACUGAAAUCAGAGUACAAAAAUAUGGUACCAGAGCUUCCUCACAGACUGCGGUGCAAUGCAACAACCUCCUGUUUUGAGAAGGGAGGAUGUUGAAGCUUAACUGUUGAAACUGUUUCUAGACUCCAGGUUUUUAAUUUUAAUUGGCCUGUCACAUUCUGGUGAGACUAAUUUUUCAAACUGUCAGUGACAACAAUGUACCCCAACAACAGUGAUAUCAUGUAUAGUGUACUGUGUUUUAACUCUUACAGACUCGUGUGCUUUUGGGACUUGGAGACUGCAUCUCGAGAUACUUAAAAGAAAAUUUGCUUGCGUAGUCUUGUUGACAGUAGUGUUUCUUAGAGAAGAACUGUCAGUUCUGUUCUUACUGUAGCAACAAGCUAAUGAUGUGCAAUAGUACAAGCAGACAACUGGAAGACUGUUUAUCUUGGACCACAACCACAGCUGGCAUUCGACGACUUCUGACAAGUCAGAGGCAAAGGGUUGCACUUCCAUUAUGGUCCCUCCGAGGUAUUCCUCCCUAGUCCCUUGGGCUAAAACUGAAACCCAGCAGAGGCGGAGUCGUAAAUGUUGUACUUGUCUUGCUACUAGUACUUUUCUGAAGAGAGCUCUUUUCACAAACAAAUUUCAGGAUUUUUAUAGAUCUUUAUAUUGCCUCUGGCCAUUACCGAGAAUACAUGCGUAAGUGUGUGUGCGCGUCAGUAAUUAUUUUUCCCGUGUGCUAAAACUACAGUGCUUUACUGCAUUACAUUAAGUAAACCAGUAGUUUGCAGCUUUAGGACAAGCUUUCUGUGGCAAAAGUAGGGAGCGCUGGGUUAAUCUAUAACUUGGCUUUCAGCUGUGUUAAUUAGCCACGUGGCAAUAAUUUGUGGAUCAACAUCAUUCUGUUCUUGGUUUCCAUCUCAACUUUAUCACACCUUGUUUGGUUAUUUAAUCCUUUUCUUUUGCAAAUCUUGUUUGCUGGAAACUCCUUCCCUAAUAAUUGUUUUUCUGCUUCACUUCCAGCUCUGGAAACUAUCCAAGAGCUAGAUGUUAAUAUUUAUUAAAUUUGAGCUGCUCCCUGAACUGGUCUCACUGACCAGCUCUGGGGAGAUGGAAGAAACAUGCCAACCUCUCUCUGGCUGAUGCGGCACAGAGGAAAAAAUCCUGUUCUUUAAAAAAAGCAGCAUGAUGCAGUUCUCACAGGGGACCUGGAAAUCCACAACAGUGGCAUCCUGUGGGUGGGGAAAAAGUAGUAGCACCAUUGAUCAGAUGCAGCACAUCCUAUCUGCUGCUCUCGGGGGGGGGGAACAAACAGCUGCCUUGAGUCCUCAUUCACUGCACAAUUCAGGUUAUGGCCUUUUUUCCCCCUCUUAACUAAAAGGAGGAAAAAAAGUAUAGGAUCUAUAGCCCUCUUGACCAAAGUUCAAAAACAAAGGCCUUUGCUCACAUUUCAGCUACACUGAGGUCACAGGAAUUGCAUUUUUAAGACUCGAGUGUAAAGGAAGCUUAGAUACAAUUUCAAAUAUUUGAAAUACAAACUGGUGCCUUUUUUUUUUUUGCAUCUGGCUCAGUACUUAACCAUUAAAAGUGACAUUACUUUCCUCAAAAUAAUGUGCUUUUCUUUAAAAAAAAAAAAAAAGUCUUGCCGAUACCUAAAUUGGAGGCCAAAAGCUGAAGGCUUGCAUGUUAAUUGUGUAUGAAUGAAAAGCAGAACAUUGCCUGAAAGUUUAUUACAGGCUUAGGUUUAAUGUCCAAGGGCUCAGUUAAUUUUGCGUUUGUCAUUUGACUGUAGUGUCUUAAACGUGUCUCCGUGCAGAAGGGUUUAUGGACUAGAGCGCUGGCUGUGGUACGCGCAUCCCACUUCAAGAGCAACUCUGUAGAGAUUGUACUGGCGGCCUUGGGUUUGUGUGUGUUACUUCCGAAAGCUCACCGAUACCUAACUGUUUCUUCAUCCAUUGAAAUGCGGACCAAUUAACUUAAACAAGUGAGAGACAAACUGAACUCCCUGCGUAUCCUUAGGAUUUGCUUCCGAAGGGAGGCAGCCUGGGGCUUUUGCACGCAUGUAUUUUGGCCCGGUUCUAAAGCUGGCAAACUGCGUAACGGCUAGUGCACCCCCGUCAUGUUUUCAAGGGUGGACAUCCUGAGGGCGAGCACAGAGUGUAAGGAAAAAGAAGUAGAAUAAUAAUAAAUUGUGUUGGAAAAACUAAACCUUAGAAUACCCCUGCUAGCAAGUAAUCUCUUCUGUUAGCUGUGGGAAAGACUAAUUGAGAUGAGACACCUUAAUUCUUUAGCAACGUACGUAUUUAUCAGUAAAGCUAGGGGAAGGUAUGUAAUUGGAAUCUCGUGUUAAUUAGAAUGUCAAACAUAUGCAUAAGCAUACAACUUUCCCCGUGUAAAAUGUUUAAAGUUGCCACUAAAAGAACAGGGAAGAAUUUUACUGCAAAUUAGAGGAUUUAAUCAACAUCAUUCGUAGUGACCCUGCAAUUACCUGGACUAUGAAGCAGGAAAAGUCCGUCAGUCAUACACUUUUCACUUGGUGUUCAGUUAUAAAGCACAACCCUUCUCCGGUACUGGUGCAAAAACAAAUUUUUGAUGAUGCUUCAGGUUCUAGUUAAGAAAUAUUAAAAUACAUAAAUACUGUAAGAGGCCAGAAACUAUUACAUAGAAAUAAAGGCCUAAAAUGAGUUCAAAAGUUAGCGGGGAGCAUAGAAAUCAAUAUACUAAUGCCUUCAUAACGAAGUGGCACAUGCUAUACAAGGAAGGAAUUCUGAUCAGAAUUCCAGCUCGAUGAGGCGUUCAUUCCUGUAUCGUGGUAGAUGAUACUUAAUAUAUUUAACAGCUGGAUAUCAGAUACCCAAUGUUAAAGAUGCAAGUUUCCUCCCUAAUUUGAGUUAAUGCCUUCACUUGUUUCAGCUGUACAUAGGUGCUGGAGUGUCUUAUGGAUCACGCCUUCUUCCUUCUGCUGUAAUUUUGAAGUUUCAGCUCCUUAGAAAUCUUUCCCUCUCACCUCCCCAAAAUAGAAGAAUCAAGAUCUCUGCUUCUUUUAAUUAUCAGAAUCGUCUGUAAGGGAGAUUAUUACAGUUGGUUUGAAUUUUAUUUUUAAAUAUUAAAUUGCUAUAUGCAGGGGUUUUUUUUGUAAUGUACUUAAAAUUAUCUUUUUGGGAACACAACAGCGUGUUCCUGUAAUCCCUUUUGGUUGAUGGAUCUGAAAGUUUAAAUUAAAAUUUACAGUUCAAAUGAACAUGUUGUAGAACGUAAACCAAUUAGGAAGUAUGCUUCUCUAUUAAGAACUUCAAUUCAGCUCCCUUUGCAGCACUGUAACAUUUAAAAUGUCCUUAAAGACUUUUUUUCUGAUGCCUUAACUUAUUUGCAUUUGCUAAAAUUUUGUAGCUGGUGCCUGUGUGCAGAAAUUAACUGACAUUAAACAAUUUAAAGUGGCAUGAGCUAGUGAAAAUCCAAUGAAAAUGCUGAAUGUGACGAUUUGUUAAUUGUUAAGAGAUUUCAAACUGCUCUGAAUUUUUCGGUGGAUACUUAAGUUUCACAUAACUUGUCACGUAACAAUGUUUUCAUUAGUUCUAAUACAUUGAGGAAGUGUACAAAAAUCCAUGGAAAAUGUGAAUAAAUGAAUGGGCGAU